AUGGACGUCACAUCCAAUCCCUCGUCAUCAAAUGACCAGGCACCCAGCAUGUCCAGCCAAGGAGACCAGCCGUCAGAAAUCGCCCUCUUCGAGAAGUUAAAGGCAUAUCCGUUCACCGCGGAUCGCGAGUUCGCCAAGGGCCUUGCGAUCAUUCUGCAACAUCCAGACGUGCCCGCGAGCGAAGAUGAAGUCAAUCGCACAGACGAUCUUGUUUUACAAGCCAAGUGCUUUUAUUUUUCGAGGAAAGAAAACCUCCCCAAGGCCAUUGAUUUCACCGCGUUCAAAACCUGGUUGCAAUCUGGGCCGCAAAACGAGAGCGCCCGGAACGUCCCUACAGAACCCCAUACUUUGACGACAGACACGUCCGCGGACCAAGCUAGCGCUCCAACGCCCGCGCCACCUACCCAAGAGCCUACCUAUCCGUCUUCGUUCGCCCACAUCGUCGAGCUUAUCACCACAGGCCAACCAAUUCCUGGCAUCCAGCAGAUACCGGAUACGGUGCUAGAAGGGCACGACACCCCCAGUACCAAACCGAGGAGGCGCAAACCGUGGGAAAAGGAGACCACUGAAGAAACUUGUUCAACGUGA